UUCCCGGAAACGCCCCGCACGUCAGCCGCGCCCCCUUGCUGCCUUGGCAACGGCGCGUGGGCUGGGAACCCCCAGAGCGGGUGGGCGGGGCUCAGGUGUCACCGAGUUUAUACGUCACGGAGGGCGGACCUUCCCCGAAGAUUUAAUUCAGGCCAAUAAUUUUGUAUUGAACUCUGUAUGAAUUCUGUAUUGUGAAUCAGGCACUGGAUAUACUAAGCGUUAGAGAAACAGGUGGUUGAAGCCGGGGUCGAGUCAUUCCAUGCGUAUCUAAUGUAGUGUAGCCCCUGCCCUGGUUCCGGAGGGCGGGUUGUCUCAUCCUAAAUGUGCGCAUUUCUGGAGACUCGGACAUGUGAAGGGCUGCAGGGGUAAUGCUGUCCUAAAGUCUCUCCGGACUGCAGCUCCCUUGGUUAUAAGGCCACGUUUUCUCGGCCUCUAAAACCUUCCCCGACCAUAUAAGGAGAGGCAGCUGCUGGGGGCGUCACCAGGAUCUAAAGAUAGCGACCCCUGCCUCGGGUGCCAAACGCCACUGGGCAGCGGAGCCACCAUGGCACGUCUUCCCUCUCCCACCCCUACGAAGCCCCACCUCAACUCCUCUUCAGGCAGCAGGCCCGGACCCUGUGGUAUGACAGGCCCAAGUAUGUGUUCAUGGAGUUUUGUGUUGAGGACAGCACCGAUGUCCACGUGCUCAUUGAAGACCACCGCAUUGUGUUCAGCUGCAGGAAUGCUGAUGGAGUGGAGUUGUACAAUGAGAUUGAGUUCUAUGCCAAGGUGAACUCCAAGGACUCUCAGGAUAAACGCUCUGGCCGCUCCAUUACCUGCUUUGUGAGGAAAUGGAAGGAGAAAGUGGCCUGGCCCCGGCUCACCAAGGAGGAUAUCAAGCCAGUGUGGUUGUCUGUGGACUUUGAUAACUGGAGAGACUGGGAAGGGGAUGAAGAGGUGGAGCUGGCUCAGGUGGAACAUUAUGCAGAGCUUCUGAACAAGGUCCAAGUCAAGAGACCUCCCCCUGCCAUGGAUGAUCUGGAUGAUGAUUCUGACAGUGCUGAUGCAACAAAUAAUUAACUUCUGUGCAGCAGAGCUGGGGAGGAUGUUGCAGCCAUCGUCCAGUCAUUCUGACAAGCCUGGCCCCUUGUCCAGCUCUUUGGCUGUGCACCAGUGUCCUCUGGGAUCUCAGAUCUUUCGUAGAAGCUCUUAAUUAAGGGUCCUCCUAUUUCUUUUUCCUAGGCACUUGACUAUGGCUGCUGUAUCUGAUGGCAGAAUAGCAAAGGAGUAGACUGGUGGUACUUCUGACUUCCUACCAAUUGGCUGAAAUCUCUGUGAUCAGGCCAUUCAGCAGGGCUGUCUCGAGUAUUUGAGCAUGUGUGUGUGUGGUAGAGCAGAAGCCAAAGAGGCAGCAGAUGGUUUAUAAUAAAUCCCUAGGAACUGGUCUGUUUCUUUCCUGCUUGUACUGCUACCUCCUGGAGAUGGUGGAGGCAGGCUGUACCCACAGGGACAGGGCCUUCCUGAUGCACAGAUCUAUGCUCUGGUUUUUCAGAGCAGAAUCCAGCCUUUUGCUAUGAGGCUCAUACCGCCACCCCUAGCACCAGCCAGAAAUGCGCCUCAGCUUCCUGCAUACUCCAGAAAUCUCUUUAUAUUUUUAUUUACUUUAUUUAGUCUUGAGAGGGAGGAAAAGGGAGAGAGAAAGAAGGGGAGAGAAACAACGUGUGAGAGAAACAUUGAUGGUUGCCUCUUGCAUGCCCUGGCACCUGGCCCACAACCCAGGCAUGUGCCCUGACCAGGAAUCAAACCUGUGACCUUUAUGUUCACAGUCCGGUACUCAACCCACAGAGCCACCACACCAGCCAGAAAUCUUCAUAUUUUUAAAGCUGACACUAGUUUUUAAAUUAGAAGGAAAACUGCUAAUAUACAGUUCUAUUUGUAUUA